AUGACCAUCAACCCGACCUUCCUUGCUCAGCGCACGCGCUCCUCUGCCAACUGGGGUGAUGCGAAGCACCGUGUCCUCAAGUCUUACAGAGAAUGGCUUAGAGCGUCCCCCGAGAUUCAGACUAUGUACUCUCUGAACCUCCCCGUCUCCGCUAUCCGUACGAAGAUCCGCCAGGAAUUCGAGAAGCACCGCUACGUUAACCAGCUGAACGUUGUUGAUGUGCUGUUGUACCAGAGCCACGCUGAGUUCCAGGAAACUCUCAACUACUGGAAGCAGCUGUCGCAUGUGAUGAAGUACUUCCGCCCCGAGGAGGACCCCGGUGCUCGGCUACCUCCCAACUUCAUCUCGGGCUUCUUGGAAGGCCGCAAUUGA